AUGUCGCGAACACAGCAGGAUCAGUUCAUCGACGAUGAGGAGGAGGAGACGUGCCCGUUGUGCGUGGAGGAGCUCUCCUUUGAUGACAAGAAUUUCAAGCCUUGUCCCUGUGGAUAUCAGAUAUGUCAUUUCUGCUGGAACAACAUCAAGAGCACGAUGAACGGCCUGUGUCCUGCCUGCCGAAGACCGUACAAUGACGAGAACAUCCAGUACAAGGCACUAACCGCUGACGAGAUCGCUGCUUACAAGGCAAGACAAGCUCAGAAGACACGAAGGAAUCAAGCAGUGCAGCUCAAGGAAAAGCAAAAAGCUGAAGCAGAUCAUCUCAGUCGAAAACAUCUUUCUGGCAUGCGAGUGGUGCAAAAGAACCUGGUUUAUGUGACCGGUCUCAAUCCCACCGCGCAGGAGGAUCAACUACUGCAGACACUCCGAGGCGAUCAGUACUUUGGCCAAUACGGCAAGAUUGUGAAGAUUGUUGUGAGCAAGGCCAAGGAUCCAUCACAGUUACAAUCUGUUGGUGUAUACGUCACCUACGAGCAGAAAGAGGACGCCGCUCAAUGUAUCACUGCUGUUAACGGUUCCAAGAAUGGCGAGAGGACACUCCGCGCACAAUUUGGCACCACGAAGUACUGUUCGGCAUAUCUGCGAGGCGAGACAUGCACGAACAAACAAUGCAUGUUCCUACACGAACCUGGCGAGGCUGGCGAAAGUUUCUCACGAGCCGAUCUUUCUGCACUCAACGCUGGAUCUUCACAACAGGGCGGGAGCCGGCCACCACCUCCUCAAUCACAACAGCCUGUGGCCUCAGCAGCGCAGCCGAUGGAGAGGCAAGCCAGUGAUCAGUCUCGUAGUCCGACGACUGACAGACCUGGGUUGCCUUCUACCGCUUCCUGGGCUUCGAAACCACUUCAGCAGCCGAGCCGCAAUGAGAGUAGAUCUACCAGUGGAACCAUGGACAGUCCGGCACCGUCGAAAGCUACACCAGCGCCUGUUGCAGAAGAGCCCGAACCUCUCGUCACCGAACUUCAAACUACCACCUCGACUAUCACUGCUGCGCCACGACAACCACGGCCUCGGAAACCGAAAACAAUUUCACCCUUUGAGGAACUUGUGAGGAACCUUUCGAUUGACAAUUUCAAGUUCACUUUCUCCAUGGCCGGUCUUCCAGAAGCCGAUGUAGCGAUAGUGAACAACUAUCCUCCGCUGUUCGACAAUAAUGGCGGCGCCAAGAGACGGCAGCGAAGGCAACGAGAAGAGGAGCAGAGACGAAUGGAACUGGAGGCGCAAGCAUUCCAGCAACCUCCUCCCGCAGACGAAGACGACAACCCUGAAAUGAGUGGUAGUUUGCAAUUAGGAGGUGAGCCCGAGGAGCGACAGGCACUCGGCCAAAGCAAUACCAUGAGACCGCCGGGUCAAGACGGUGGACUCGACCCCCGAUUCCAAUUCGGCGAUGUCUCAAGCCCAAGCACGUCUUCACCACAACCACAGCUCCCAGGUAGCUUCAUGAACCAGCAAGCCACUUUCAGCCAGCCUUCGCAUCUCCCUGGUCACGUCCGGGGAGUAUCUCGCUUCUCCUUCGCCAACGACACAUCUCCCUCCACAAAUGUCAAGCCAGUAGCGAACCAGAAGCUGAUGAACCAACAAACCUCCAUCAUGCCUCAAGCAGGUGGUUUCGGGAACGCAACUCAACAACAACAAUUCUUCACCAGUAAUGUCCAGGGCCCGCCUCCCGGACUCAAAACCGCAGGCACGCCGCCUGUGAGUGGUACCAUGACUUUUGGCCAAGGGCACGGUUUCGCUACUGGAGGACUACAGUAUGGAAGUGGUACAGCAGCGGGAAGAAAUGCGAGCGAGGAGAUGAUGAGGAAUCUCUUGCGAGGGAAUCGAGAGGGCAGUGCACAGCGUGAGUCUAACGGUUUUCUUCAGUCCCCUCCUAAUCACUACAGCUCCGCCUCUUCGGUAGCGUCUGGGUUCCCGCAGCAGCAGCAGUCGCAGCAGGCAUUUCCAUCGGCGAGUCAGCAGAACAAUCCGAACUACGCAUCGUCAGUCUUCUCGGACGGCGAGAAGAGCAACAACGGCCGUUUGGGAAAGAAGAAGUCGAAGAAGCAUGCACGACAGGGUCAUGGUAACACUGGAUCUUCGGCUUCUUCGGGCUUUGAUGGCGCUUCCACCGUGGAUCAACAUACGCUGCAAGGACGCUUUCAGGCUGCUGCUGCGGGGAUGAGUGCGGCGGGUGCUUACAAUGGUUCUGGUGCUGGGUACAUACAUGGUACUGGUGGUGCAGGUGCGGGUUAUGGUGCGAGGUGGUGA